UGUACGAGCAGCAAUGAACGCAGCAUAAUUUCCUGUACAGAGGAUAUAUCGUCGGUUCGAGCCAAAGCCAGUUAAAUGUAUUUUACGUCCAGGUAUUUGCUUGACACUCGCUUAGAAACUUGUUUCCCGAGCCAUGCCGGAGUAACAGGCUUUUCAGACAUGUUUGGGGGAUAUCUGGACGCGGCUCGACGACUUGGAAAUCCAGCGGGCUCUGCGAGCGAGUGAGAGACAUGGACAACUCUGUCACCCUGUGGCAGUUCCUACUCCAGCUCCUAUUGGAUUCCAGUAAUGACCAACUCAUCUGCUGGACCAAUGAGGAAGGCGAGUUCAAGCUGCUGCAGGCUGAGGAGGUUGCACGGCUGUGGGGUGCUCGAAAGAACAAGCCUAACAUGAACUAUGACAAACUGAGCAGGGCCCUCAGAUACUACUACGACAAGAACAUCAUAAAGAAAGUGAAUGGUCAGAAGUUUGUCUAUCGCUUUGUGUCCUAUCCUGAAAUCCUGAAAGGAGAUGUGUCUACCCGACCAGAUAGUGGGGAUGUGGGUGUUGGGGGCAUUUCACCCUUAACAAGAAGGGACAGCACCCUACAGGAGGGGGAGCUUGUUGACAGAGCCAAGGUAGGAGGUAACACAGGGGCUCUGGGCUCAAGCACCAAGCAGUCAAACCGUAACGACUACAUCCACUCUGGCCUGUACACGUCCUUCACACUCAACUCGCUACAAAAUGGACGCCAGCUCUUCAAGUCCAUCAAAAUGGAGAACCCAGCAGAGAAGAUGGCAGACAAGAGGGGUCUCACCGCCACAGCCCAGAGCCAGCCACAACAGCCAACUGCUUUGCCAUCAGUCAUCAAGUUUGGAAACACCCCUCCAAAACCAGCACUAGCACCGCCUCCUCAGGUUGCCAUAGAGCCAACCAUUUUGUCCAACCACUUCAAUCCUCUGCAAGCUCCGCCCCGGAAGGUUGAAGAAAUCAGCACACACUCCUCCCUGCCACCCCAAUCUGUCUACUCAUUUGAACACAUCCGCCCAUCAGAACCAACGUUCAGCUUAUCAGAGCUGACGUCUGCCAGCCCAUCACCAAGCUUAGUGCCUGACUCCUCUCAUGAACUGGUAAUUGACAGCGACAUCGAGUCUGGAUCAUCUCAGCCCGCAGAUGCUCAGGCACCAGAGCUGAGAGACGCUCAGACACAUGAGAAGGUGGACAGCAGCAUCGCUCUGUCUGGAGAUGAGAUCAGUUUUGUGGAUGCUGAAACCAGUUCAUCCUCAGUGAGCAGCUCUACAACACUCAGCACUCAGAGCUUAGCAAAGACACGCAAGCCGCCGAAAAUCCUGCAGAUCAGCCCACCUGCUCUGCUGGUCACCACAUCCGACUUCUCCCCCAUGAACCUUUGCAGCCCCUCACUACCUACUGCCUCUCUCACACCAGCAAUGCUACAGACUCCCACUCUGUUGCUGACUCCCAGUCCUCUGCUGUCCAACAUCCACUUCUGGAGCACGCUCAGUCCUGUCGCUCCACUCAGCCCAGCCACACGGCGCCAGGGAGGCCACCUGUUCCAGUUUCCGUCGGUCCUCACCCCCCAGUUCCAGAUCCCUGUACACAGCACAGAUGGGACCAACACGCCCGGCCCCAUUUCACCAGACCCUCAAAAGACAUAGAGUGCAGCCGCCCACAGCAUCACCAUGUUUGGACCCAGACAGUAAGACUCUCCCCACCCCACCACCCCAGAGCUCCAUCUCCUGCUCCCACAUCCAGGACAUUAAUGUGGGAGCUCUGUCAUUGCCAUUCCCCCUCACACUGGUGCUUGAAAGUUCACUACAAUCUGCUGUGUUGAGGGAGAAGCUGAGGAGUCCAGUCUUCUAGUCCAGUUUUUUCAUGGCAUUUAGCAUUUACACCCUGAGGAUGACGUACUGCACUCACACACUGAUGCCGCUGCUCUGUGCGCACUUACAUAGUAUUUUUGUCUGGCUUUUUGGGAUCCUCAGUCACGGCAGUUCAAAGGAUGGAGGAAUUUCCAUGGCAACUGUGCAUGUGGAUCAGACCCUCGGCAGCCACAAUCUGCCUCACACUUGGACCACAAGACAAGUGAAAUUGCAGAUAUCUCAACCUUUCCUUUAGAGCUCCCUUCUUAUCUUGUGCAACAGUUACUGCCAAAAAAGACUCCUUCUUUUUGUUGUUAUCGGUUCCCAAUCAAAUAUCUCCUCUACUGACAGACUCUGCUCCUUUUUGUUGCGCUGUCCUUAUACUCAUGUAACUCGCAUGUGUUUCUGCAGCUCUUUAAUCUUCUACCUGAACUUCAGUGUCAAGCAUUGCCUUCAGCUGCUCUGCGUUGUUAUAGCCAUAUCCAACGGGACUUUUACCUUGACUGUCUUAUUGUGACGUGUGGCCAUAAUCCGAGCCGAAACCUUGAAUCACGCCUCUAUGUAACUGUUCUAGUGUGUCUGUAUGUAGUAGAAUAGCCAUGAAAGCCAGUGCGCUUUCAAUGACACAAAGUGAAGCCAUAACCCUUUCUGAGCAUCGACUCUGCAAUUAGAAACUCACAAACCAUGAACGUCUUACUGCUCUGAUGUUGCCUUUUUAACCUAACCAUUAAUUGUUAAAGGCAGACAUAAUUCAGUAGUUUCAAAUUUUUAGAAAUACAAUUGAGAGUUAAAUAAGAAGAUUGAUUAACAGCUCUCAUGUUUGACCAGGAGACAUGUAGCUUCCUUGGCUUAGCACAAAAGCUGGAAAUGGGUAAAUGGCUAGCUGAGCUUAGUCUGAGGGUAACAAAACCUCUUAAACCCACCAAUAAACACUAUUAUUUGUGUAUUUUAAUACAAAUAUGUGUGUACAUUUUUUAUUGGGAGGCAGUUGGGUGGUGACUGUGUCGGAGUUUGCCUGGCAGCUACAAAUUCUUUAAUAUUUACAAAAUCCCAAGUGAAAAAACAACAUGCUGGCUCCAGCUAUAUAGCUACUUCUAGACAGACAUGAGAGAGGUUUCCACCUUCUUAUCUAAUUUGUGGUAAUAAUGCAUGUUCAGUGUAUUUAUGUGCUGCUAAUAGAUGCACUGUAUGAAUGUGUGUGUGAAUGGGUCAAUGGCAGUGGUCAUCAAGACUAGAAAAGUGCUAUGUAAAUACAGACCAUUUACCUGCAUGUCUGUUGUGGAAGUGACUGCAGAAAGAACUGUUCCUCGUGAAUGAAAAUCACAGCAGACCUUGGAAACUUGUUCGUCAGUUUCAGUGUCACUUUCCUUUAUUCUUGUAAAUGACAGGCUUUGACGUUUUAUUGCUUGCAGUGUUAGUGCAGCUACUGAAACCCAGACUAAACCCUACUCAUCUUAGUACCUAGACUCUUUCACUUUAACAAAGCUGAAAUACAUUGACCUUUAAUCACGGCGAUGUAGAAACACUCCAGAACUUUCAAGUACCUUCCUGUCCCUUAAAUCUUUCUUGUCUAGUUGAUUAGCCAUGAAAGGUCUGCACCUGUUUUCUACUUUGAAGCCAUAAGUCUGAGACACAGACUCGCCAGGUAGAUCCCAACUUUCUAUGCUAUUAAACAUGGAUAUUGUACAUCACGCUUGUUUACACAAUACAUACAACACACCAGUGUGUGUUUACCCAAGUGUCACUUUCUAACCCAGGGAUGGAUGACCAAUGAAUCUUGUGGGGGGGGACUUUGCUCACUUUUACUUAACCUACAGACAUUAUCCUCCCCCCAACCUGCCGCCCAUCAUUGAUACAUGGUGCCUUACCACAGCCAAGCUCAAGUUUCUCUCCCCAAAGUGGAGGAGUACAGAUUUAACGGUAUACGACAGCGCUCCUGUUUGUUUUUAUGCCAUAUCUUUGAGUAGACCAAACCAGAGGCCAGAGAAAGUUUGGAGUAAAACUUCACAGGGAUGUUGAGUGUGUGUGAGCUCACUGCUACAUUGUCUGCUGCAAUGCUCUUAAGGUUGCAUCACUCGACAUACAGACGGCAGCGUGGGUUAAUAUGCACAGCACCUAAAACUGAACCUGGACAAACUUUCCGACCUGCUAUUAAGCGUUUUUGAUAACAGA